UACUUAGUUGUUGGUCCUAGGGUGGGGUACGUACUUCAAAAUGCAUCUCUUAUUUGAAACAUUUUUGCUAUAAUAUAUAAUAUUUCUGCCCUUGUAUGUACACUUGAGGGUACAUUAUAUCCCUUACCUGUUUCCUUUUCUUCUCUUUAACUUCCUUCUUAAUUGAGAUCUUAGAAAUAAGCUAUUUUUUUGGUUUGUCCAGCUCCGGGUACAACAAAUCUUUACGUUUCUGGCUGGCAAUCAGCUGGUUCUGUUCUGAAUGUGCCACUACAAUGAGAAGCAGCCUUCUCCUAACCCUUGGGGGGGAGACUCUAGAAGAUUUUAUGUAAUCAUGGUAUUCAUAAUUGAUAAACCAAAAUCUAACAAUAUAGGGUGCAUUAAUUGUUUAAGGCAAAUCACUGGCUUUUCUCUCUUAAUCACUGAUUAUAUAUCUUGAACUAAGAAGCUAUUUUCUAUUUGUGGGGAGUGUCGUGCACCUCGGUUUGACUUAGGGUUCUAAGUGAGAAUUGGAAGAAAUUGAGGGAGAAAAAACUGAACCAGAACAGAGAGAGAAUUUAUAAAGAGAAAAGAUGACUUGAAGUUUGAUUCAUUCAACAGAUUCUAUUUUUUAACUGAUCUAUUCUAUUUAUAAGUUUUAUUAUCAUUUCAGUUACAAUACAAUUUGACGGUAUAAUUAUAAACAAAAGGUUAAGUACAAUGUCGUAAUUGCCUUACACCACUAUUACUAUUAUUUUUACCAAUAUAUAUACUUGGGGUCGUGACAGAGCUCCUCAGCUCCAAAACAAGUAUAUCCCAUCUCCAAUUUCCCCAAAAGCUGUCUUCUUUUCUUGUUUGUUUUAAAGUCAUAUGGUCUUGGCAGCUACUUUCAGUUCUUUGUCUAAGAAACAAAAGGCUGAAAAUAUUUUGGAUUAUUUUUACGGUCAAAGGAGGAAGUUUGGUGGCUUACCCACCAACUACUACCUCCUCAACUUGGUACUUUAUUUUUGUUAAACUACAUGGAGAAGCUAUGCAUUAUAUCACACAGAAUCAAAUACCUUUUUUUCAUAGUGAUUAGUGAUUGUCCGAGGAGUAAGCCAAUCUGCCACACUUUACUGUGUAAUCAAAUCAGGGCAUUACUACUGUGAGGAGUAAUGCAGUUAGAUCGAACAACAUAAUACUACUACUCCAAUAAAAGUCAGCCCUCUGAUUACAGUUUCACAAUCACAACUCUUCUUUUGGUGGCAGUAGUUACUGUAAUGGCAGGCUCAGUAUCAUCAAGAAGCAAAGUUCUCAUCUUGCUUUUGAUUACUGCUGCGGCUGCUGCUUCUUCCUUCGACCAAGCAAGCUUAGCAGGGGCAGCUGUUCCAGUUACAAAGGGAGGUGCUGGCCAAAUCCUUGCAAAUGCCUUGUUGUGCUUCAACAAGAAGAUUAUUUACAGUAAAUGUUAUGAAGCUUACAGAUUGGAUGAGAGAGGAUAUCUAAAUGUUCCACCUCAAGCAACAGACCUGUUUUGCAAUGGGCCUUGCUUGGCUGAGACACAAGGCUUACUCAAAUGCAUUGAUAAUACAUUUUCCAACUUCAGAUUCAACAAUAAGGCUACAAUGGCAGACAUAAGAGGCACAAUCCAAGCUGCUUGCAGUUUCACAAAACAAAGGGGGAACUUCAAUGUGGGGGAUUACAUACAAAGUGAGUCAAGUAGUUCAACACGGAUUCCUAAUGCAGCUAGAGUGCAUGCCUUUCUGUUGAGUGCUGGAUGCUUAAUUUUCCUCUUCUAAAACCAUCUUUGGUAUUGUCACAGCCAUACCCAAGCAAUGCAGCUUGUCUUUUAGAACAAAAGAUGCAUAGCAUUAGCUAGUGCAACUUUAUUUGUUUUGCUUGGUCUAUAGCCAAUUAGUCAAUUAUUCAUUGAACACGCACAGUGAGAGAUUAACAGCGAACAAUA